UACGCACCUUCACAAGUCACAAUCAUUUUCUCUCUCUCUCUCUCUCUCUCUCUCUCUCUGGUUGUGAAGUUGUUUGUUUGUGUAAUUCUCAGUUUUUUCUUGGAGGGAGAGAAAAUGGCAGGUUCUUUUUCUUCUUCAUCAAUGGCUGUUAUGGGAGUGGUGGCGAUCUUUGGUCUACUGUUUGCCAUUGUUUCCCCGGCCGUAGUUGAGGCCCACUCUCCAGCUCCAGCUCCUGCCCCUACCAGCGAUGGGACUUCAAUUGACCAAGGGAUUGCAUACGUGCUGAUGCUCGUGGCGCUGGUGCUCACGUACCUCAUCCACCCUCUCGACGCCUCUUCCUACGGCCUCUUUUAGAUUGUUCUUAGGUUUUAGAAGGGUUAGAGCAGGGCUUGGGAUGGAAUUUAUUUGUGCAUAGAUAUGAUCUGGGGGAGAUUUUUUUUUUUUUUUUUUUUCUGUUCCUUUUUCUUUUUUCAUGUUUUGGAAAAUUUAAUUGAAUGGAAUUAUUUGUUUUGGUGA